GGUCGUGGGAUGUGUAACGGAUGAGGAUCUGACUUGACUGACACAUGACGAAGCACACACAACCUCUUUCCAACAUUACAUACGUCUUCUUACAUAGGCGUAUUACAAACUUCUAUUUUCAUUCUUCUCUAGAUUACAUAUUCAUAUGAAACUACGAGCUUGAAUCGACAAAGGAUACUAAAGCUAUAACUACACCUAGCUCUACCUUACCGAAGCUAUCUAUCUGUCACAGGAAGGAGGAAUAAUGCAACUCACAAUGGGCCGUUCAACACACGACCACCAAAUCUCCCUCGCCGCCCCAGCGCGGCAAGCUCCCACAAAGCCAGAUCCCUACAGACAACGCCACCGUCGAAACCCGAAGUCCCAACCUUUCGACGCGGACGAUCUACGCCAACGUCUGUACCUCGUGAUCAUGGAGCGCGAAGCCAUGGAAGAAGGCAAGAAGCGGGAACGCAUCGAAGAAGAAAAACGCGCGAAGAAAGCACAGGCGGGGAAGACGCACUUACCUAGCGAUAGCAGUUUCGCUGCGAGGAUGGCGCGGAGUGAGAGUACGGCGGAAUCGAAGGGUAGUAGAUUGAUAUCGAAACCCUCGAUUUUGAGGCGAAAGGCUUCGAAAGCUGUGGAGAGUACACCGCCGUAUCAUCAUGUCCCCCAGGAAGCGGCUGCACAGUUCGCGCGCACGGCGACGGCGCAUAGUAUGCGUGAGCGCGCGUCUGUGCAUAGCCUCUCACACUCUCAAUCGCAAGCUCAAGAUACGGGUAUAAACCCCGCGCAACAAAACCGCGCCCUAGAGCGCGCUCUAAGUCAUCGCACGCGAGGACUAGAAGAACGGCGGAGCUCGGAGGAUAGUUGGAAUCGCGACCGUCGGCGACCCAUUUCCAGUUCGAGUUCCAAAGCCGGCCCGCGGCGGAAGAGCAGUAACCAUUUCGGAAAUAUAAUGGAGGAUGAAACUCUCCCCGUUCGCUCAAAUGUAGUUAUAAUCGACCCGCCUAUCGACGAGAUAUCAUCCGAGGAGACGCUAGUCGUGGAUCCAGCGGUAGCGGUUAACGAGCAUCGCGUCGAUUGGACGCAAAGCGACGAGAUGUGUCAGAAGCGAAGGUCGUCGGCGGGGACGAUCGGACGGAUACCGUUGUUGAGGAAAGCGGAUUCGUUGUGGACGCUUAAGGGCAAAUUAGGAGGCGCGAAGGCGAAGAAUGUGGUGCGUGAGAAGACGGGUGAGGGGUCGACGCCACCGUCUUCGCAGCCGAAGUUCUCGAGGUUGGGAUUUUUGAUGCGGUUUAAACGGUGAAUGGUUCUGUGAUGAUUAAGUAGUGGUGUUUGGGAUUGUAAUGAUGGGUAAUGGCUGGAUAAUGGCUGGAUAAUGACUAACUAUAUUAUAUACCUCUAUAUUCUAAUUAAUAUAGGUUGAUACCAUAGGUAUCAAAUUCUUAGAUGAUGA